AUGGCGACUAAAAGAUUGUGCAAAACCUGGCUAUCCAUCAUAAAUAGCCCACAGUUUGUUGAGGCCCACCUGGCUAAUUCCAAGAACAAACAAGCAUCUGUGCUCAAAGCCUCUGAUGCUUGGAGGGUUUUGUCCAUGGACACUGUUGAAGAAUCAGUUCAGCUUAAACAGCCAUCACGUCUUGAGGGUGAGGUUCGUUUCAUGCGUUCUUGUAAUGGUCUUGUUUGUCUUUCUAAUGAUUGUUGUGAUAGUAUAUGUAUUCGGAAUCCAUGUACUAGACAGUAUAAGAUGCUCUCUGUCCCCAACUAUGCAAAUCGUUUCUUCACUUGUCUAGGGUUUGGGUUUGAUUCUGUUGGAAACGACUACAAGAUUCUUAGGCUUGUAAAAAAGGUUGACCAUGACCUACGAGGUUUUGUAGUUCGCAUCUAUAAACCAGAAGCAUUUUUGUAUUCCGCAAAGGCUGAUACUUGGAAAAAGAUUCGUAUUCUGAAUACUAUUAAAAGAUCUUUUUGGUAUUCGGUCAAGAGAUUCUGUGGUCCUGAUAUUAGUGGGAAGUUGUAUUUGGAAGGGGAGGCUGGGCUAUUGCUGUUUGAUUUGCGGAACGAUGUGUUUGGGGAAAUUGUAGUGUUACCGUUUCCCAUUUACGGGCAACGGAAAAGGAUAUAG